AUGAGUGUAGAACAGUUGGAAGCAAAUUCAGAUUGUAGACAAGUUGAAGACAUAUCCUUGCUGUCACAUUCAAAAUCCGUGGAUGACGUUUACAUUCCCCAAGUGGCCGAAAACUGCAAACCAAAGGUUGGACAAAAGUUUGAAUCGAUAGAUGGGGCACAUGAGUUCUACAUCAAAUAUGCAAAAGAGGCGGGGUUUAGUGUUCGUAGCAGUUCGACUAAGAGAUGUAAAGGUGCGGAAGAAGUUGUCUGGAAAGAAUUUGUGUGUUUUAAGGAAGGAGUAUCUUCUAUAAAGGACGCUGGAGGUAUAGAGAAUAUUGGGUGUACAAAGAAGGAUAUAUAUAACCAUGAAGCUAAGGUGUGGAAUGAAUUAAGAGGACAAGAUGCAGAACUUUUAAAGGAAUAUUUCCUAACCGAGCAAGAAAAGGAUCCAUGCUUCUUUUUUAAAAUAGAUGUAGAUGAUGAUGGUAAAUUGAAGCGUUGUUUUUGGGCUGAUUCGGUGUCUAGAAGAGCUUAUGGAUGUUUUGGUGAUGUAGUUGUAUUUGAUACAACUUACAACACUAAUCAAUAUGGUAUGAUAUUUGCACCCUUGGUGGGGGUGAACAAUCAUGGUCAAACGGUGCUUUUUGCAUGUGCCUUUUUAAGUGAUGAAAAAACAGAAUCAUUUGUUUGGUUGUUUGAGCUAUUAAAGGAUAGCAUGCCGACGAACAACCCAAAAAUGAUCAUUACCGAUCAAGAUCCUACAAUGACAAAGGCUAUAGUUCAGAGCUUACCGAAUACAUUUCAUAGGUAUUGUAGUUGGCACAUACUUGAAAAGUUCUCUAAUUAUUUAAAUGUGAUCACCUAUAGAGAUUUUUAUAAGGACUUCCAACAAUGCAUUUGGGAAUCAGAAUGCCCUGAAAAGUUUGAAAGAAAAUGGGUGACUACCAUCGAGAAGGCAAGCCUAGAUAACAAUGAUUGGUUAAAAUCAAUAUUUGAGCUAUGUUUAAGAUGGGUGCCUGCAUAUGUUAACCAUAUAUUCUCAGCUGGAAUGUCAAGUAGCCAACGUGCGGAAAGCUCCCAUUCAUUUUUCAAGAAAUAUAUUUCGAAGAGAAACUUAUUGAUGGAUUUCAUACUUCGAUUUAAUAGGGCAUUUGCACAUCAACGUCACGAAGAGUUAGGGGCUGAUCACGUUGAUAUUAAUGAGAAGCUUGUUUUGAAAUUGCCAUUGGAAAUGGAAGAGCAAAUGGCUGAGAUUUACACAUGCAAGAUUUUUCUUAAGUUUCAAGAUGAGUUGUGGAAUAGCUUAGUAAUAAUGCCACAAUUUGUUUGUGAAAAUACUACACACAAAAUGUAUGUGGUCAAGAGUAGUCCAAAAGAACGUGUUCGUAGAGUGCGGGAAAUUGCUUAUGAUAAAGAAUUGGACUUUGCAUCUUGUACAUUCAUUGAUAAAGCCAUAAUAUAUGAAGAGGCAAGUGUAAUUGUGAAUGAUGGUCUUCAAAGUUUGCUAGGCAAGAUUGAAUCCAUAGUUAGCAACACGAAAAGUGGAGGCAUUUCUGAAAAAGGUAGCACUGCUCAUGACUAUGAGGCUUUGAAAGACCCAUCUGCUGUGAGGGCAAAAGGAUGCGGACAAAGAUUAAAAAGGCGAAAGGAGAAGGCAACAAAUGCCGCAAAGUCCUCACAAAAUGAGGAAAGUCCUCAGCACGCCUCGGAAUAUGAUUCUAAAGCUGAUAGUUUGUCUUCCACAGGUCUGCAUGAGAAAAUGAAAGGAUGA